ACUGAUAUCAGUCGCGACUCGGCGAGGGAGCACUACGUUGCGUGUGUGCCCCUCGUGUUUCAAACACAAACGUCUGGACAACUCAGAUAGCUACAUAUUAACACCGUGCUGGUGCUUCACGUGCCCUGAAGACUUUUGCCAUUCACUCGCGAGUAUUCCGCGGACUAGUACUCCAUACUCGAUACUCAAUUCCCAAUUCGUUAUUUGUGUACCCUCGCCUAUUAACUUCAUCGUCGAAUCCGUCAAGAGGAACAAAAAGUCGUUUAAAAAUAUAAAUUUAGAGAAGAAAUCUCUCAACUACACUGACAUCAUAAGGGUCUAGGGUCUUCAGCGGACCAGUGUGUGUAUGUGCGUGUGAAAAAUAAUUUAAAAGUGAAGAGUGACGACAUACAUUAGGAAUUUAAAUACAGAUUGCAAGGAAGGAAGGCAGAAAAAAAUAAUAAAAUGGGAGAAAAAACAUUUAAUUUAACAUGGAACAAUCAUUUAGCCAACCUCUCGGGGCUCUUCGAAGGCCUCUACAAGAGUGGAUCCUUGACAGACACUACUCUAGCUUGUCAAGGUGGAAUGCUACGUGCUCAUAAGCUUGUUUUGGCAGCAUGUAGUCCUUACUUCGAGAGAGUAUUCAAGGAACACUAUGGCGAGCAACCUAUUCUCAUACUCAAAGGUGUCCCAGUUGAGGAAAUGGAAUGUCUACUCGAUUUCAUGUAUCGCGGCUCCAUAAACGUCGCCGAGGACCAUCUUCCCUCGCUUAUUAAAACCGCAACAGACUUGGAGAUCCGUGGAUUGUCUGGUGACAGAAGUGAAAGUAAUAGUACGAAUUCACGUGUCGAAACACGUUUGCAGCCUAGUCAUGAUACUCGACAUCGCUCGUCGAUGGACUACAGAAAAUCUCAAGCCGAAUUCUUGUCAAAUCAGAAUUGCGAUAACGCCGCGGGGGAAAUUAAAACCGAGGAUAUCGAAGUUGAAGACGAUCCUAUGGUUAUGGAAGGACUCGACGAUAGCUACGAGUCUAUGCCAAUGUCUAAGGGACAAAUUAGACAUGUACCGCCGCCAAUGUACAAACGUCACAAUACCCGUUACGAUGGACAGAAACGUGUACCAGUUGGUCGUACAAUUAGAGACAAUGAGUUGUCACGACGUCAGUUGGACGUGUCACCAAGACAUCCAACUAAUGAAGAAACUUUUGACAAUGGGUCUGAGAGUAAUAAACUAGAUCAUAGUUUUAGUGGCAAUGGAGAUCCAACAGUACCGGCUAUUCAAAUGGAUGAUUCAACUGAUCAAUCACGAAAUUUAAUGGGCAGUGAAUCGUUAGGAGAGUCUCAAAGGAACCUAAUUCAAGUGAAAAGUAAUUUAGAAGGUGAUAAAAAGUCAACUGGCAAUACCAAAGACCGUAAAACAAUUUUACAACGUAGUAAAGCGCAGUAUAAACCAUUCCCAUGUGAUCUCUGUACUUUGGCAUUUACCCGAGCAUCUCACCUGGCGAGGCAUCGACGAGUCCACACGGGCGAAAGACCAUUUGCCUGCAGUAUUUGCCCGCGAAUGUUUGCUCGUCAAGAUAAACUGAAGCAGCACUUGGACUCACAUCUUCAGUGGCCUCGACGAAAAGCUCUUCUGCCUGUACUGGGUGAUCCUCAGCAUCAGCAGCAGCAGAGCAUUAACAGUAUGGCUGGAAGAGGAAAACGCGGACGACCGAGAAAGGUACCGAUUGAGCAGUCGGCAAUGGACGAAAUACUUAAGUUUGGUGAGUUCAGUUCUAUGCUCAAUAAAACCCAACUCACGAGCACCACAAUCACCAAAGCAGACCAACAAACUCGACAAGAAGACUUUAAAAUUGAUAAUCUUACAGAAGAAAUCGAUUCUACGGUUGGCAAAGCUGAUUGCUACGAAACACGUGCUGAUGAUAAAUAAUUACCAGCUAUUUAUUUAAUUAAUUAAUUAAUUCCUUCCACUGUAAUGUAAUUAUAGUUAUCUAUAUUACUUGAUUACAUUCGUGAGCAUUUGUUUUUCGUUAAUGAUUAAUAUGAUUAUUAAAUUAAAAAGAUUAAUUAUUAAAAUUUAUAAUAAUAAUAAUUAAUCAGUGAAUCAUCUCUUGAUGAUUUAUAUUAAUGUACCUGAAAAUAGUUACAGGAACCACGUAAAAAAAAAAUAUUGAUCGGAAUUGAGAUAACAGACUUAACGGAAAAUUAACAAUGCAAAAAUGAUGAUUAUUUAAAAUAAAUAAAAUAUUUGAAGCGAAAAUGAAAUUAUAGAGAUCAAUUAGAUAAUUUAUUGCAAUGGAGAUCCAAAAAUACGUUAGAAUAAAAAUAAUAGUUUCAAAUAUUUUGUCUAAAUAAAUACAUAUUAUCAUGUAUGUUAAGUACAAAUAUAAUAUGUAUAACUACUAUGAAAUCUAUUGUAGCCAGAAUGAGUUUCACUGAGCAUAAAUAAUAUAUUAAGAGAGUGUGAGAGUGAUUAUAUAUAGCGAAUGAUUUUGUUUUUACAUUUACAUAUUAACAAAAGAUAAAAUUGUUGUAACUCAUAUAAAUUCACGUACUUUUUUGUUUACUAUUGCUUUUUUCUUUUAAAAUUGCGUACGAUAUUCGACUUACGGAUUUAAUUAUUUUAUUGUACGCGACGCAUUGCGAUUAUCUGUUGCUGUUAAACUAUUUUUGUUAGUUUGUUAUUACGUUAUUUACACUUAUGUUUGGUGGUUAUUUUUUUCAGCCGACAAAACGUGCAAUUUAAACUACUAUUGAUAAUGGUUCUAUUACUUUACGUUAACUAAUAAAUAGACUAUUAAUUUUUAUUAUAUUAUCAUAAAUAAUUACUAAUUAUUAAUGAUGAUUUAUGUGCAAUUAUAAAUCAUUGGCCUUUGCCAAAUAAAAAAAUUAAAAAAUUAUUUCAUAUCGAUACUAUAAACUGUGUAGCAAUG